AAAACUUUGAACUGAUUUCAAGAAGUACUAGUUUAUAUUUCGCAGCGACUCUUCACGCGCCGCUAUCUGCCGCCGUGAGUAUUUUACGCUUCUAACCCUGGUUCCUUGUGGUUCUGUCUGAGCAAAUCAAGGAGGACAAAAGCAAUGGUUUUUAUCAUCAUCUGUACUACUUUUUGAUGAUUUAUUUGCAUGCACUCGGAAUGCGGCUCAGUUUAUUAGCCUUUCAAAAAAAAUUGUACCUUUGUUGUGCGGUUUCGUGUUCAAUUGCCUGCAGCUGGUUUUGUGCGAGAAGCAAGCUUGUCUUUUGAUUUAAUUGGGCGCGCAACCUAUUUUUAAGAUGUGUGAUGUAGUGGACAUUUCAGAUGAUGAGGAUUCCUUUUUGCUGGAAAAUGAUGCUGGAGUUAUACCCAAGGAUGAGAAUUUGGAUUAUGAUUUACCACCGCCGAAAACAUUCUCAAUGCCAAGGGAGGAGGAUGGCGCAAGCUCGUCGGGGACUAAUUUAAGAUCAUCGUUCAUUGGAAUGGGGUUUGCACCAGCUCUCGUCGACAAAGCAAUCAAGGAAAAGGGUGAAGAAAACAGCGAACUGAUACUGGAAGCUCUUUUUUCAUAUGAUGCCCUUCAGAAACCAAAGAAUGAAGUUCUUGAUAAUAGUUUUUCUGGGGAAUGCAGUGAUAGUUUAGCUGGAAACCUUCGUGCUGGGGAGGAUUUUCACAAAUCGGAGUCAUCGGAUUCUCUUGGUAGAUUGUUUGCUGAAGGUACAAAGAAGAAUGUCUAUGUUGAGGCUGAUAUUCCUUUAAAAGUGGAACUUGAUGUUGGCGAUAGUGUCAUUGAUGAGAAAACGGCAUCGUUGCUAAAAAUGAAUUUCUCUUUGGAUGAAGUUGGAUUUGCUAUGCAAAGACUUGGUAAAAAUGCUGCUAUUGGUCAACUAAUGGACUUCAUCUUCGCUGCACGGAUGGCUAGAAAGUAUGAAAAGGACACAAAUAAUUCAAUUCCUGGAAAUGAGGAAACCGAAAAGGAUUGCAACAAUGAGGUAUUAUUUGGUAUUAUGGAGAAGUCACUUCAACUGCUCGAAAUGGGCUUUACAGAAAACGAAAUUUCCGCAGCUUUUGAGAGAUGUGGUUCGGAAGCACCCGUGACACUACUUGCUGAAUCGAUUGUUACAGGUGGUACUUGCCCAUUACCAGAUAAGUAUUCCUCAACUCUUUUGAGCACCUCAGGUGUCCGAAGGAGUUUUCAGUCUUCGAAAAGAAAGAUGGAAGAUUACAACUCGAUCUGCAUUAAAACUGAAGAAUACAGUUCAGAUGUAGCAUCUCAAGUUAGGACUUCUGACUUGCUGGAGAAAUUGAAAGGCAAGAUGCCAGAAGUAGACAUAGAUGAACCAAACAAUUUCAAGAAACCAAAGGAAGAAUUUAUGGAAGACUACCCUUCAGUUGGUAAUUCUGCGGCAGUCCUACAGAGACGGGGUGGCUGUUUUGCAAGCAUUGAUGAUGAUAGGAAGCCCACAAUAUCCUUACCCAAUGCUUGCAGAAGUCUUAGUGAUGGGGUGGCCAAACCCCCGUAUUUCCUUUAUGGAAACGUCACAAGUCUAUCUCCGGGCUCUUGGGCCAAAAUAUGUAAGUUCUUGUACUCAGUUCAGCCGGAGUUUGUGGAUUCUCAUUUGUUCUCAGCAUUGAACAGAAAGGAAGGCUAUGUCCAUAACCUCCCAAGUGAAGAUCGGUUUCACAUUUUUCCAAAGGGACCAAUGACUAUUGCAGAAGCCAUUCCAUAUGCCAAAAAAUGCUGGCCGUCAUGGGAUAAUCGGAAGCAACUAAGCUCCAUCACUUGUGAUACGACUGGAUUACCCUAUCUCUGUGAGAAACUAGGAAGAAUGCUGGCUGAAUGCAACGGGCCUCCAUCUGCAGAACUACAAACAAGGAUUCUCCAACAAUGUGUGGCCAAGAAUCUUGUUUGGGUAGGCAAGCAGAAGCUAGGUCCACUUGAACCUGAACAUCUGGAGCACAUAAUGGGCUAUCCGCAGCAUCACAGUCGAAUUGCUGGAUAUAGCUUGACGGAGAGGCUGAAAUCGCUGAAGCUCUCGUUCCAGACAGACACGUUGGGGUACCAUCUCUCAGUGUUGAAGCGCUUGUUUCCAAGCGGGGUGACAGUGCUGUCGUUCUUCAGUGGUAUUGGUGGAGCAGAGGUUGCUCUACACCGGCUUGGGAUUCGUCUGAAAGGGGUGGUCUCGGUGGAGCCGUGUGAGACGAAGCGCAGGAUCAUGAAGAAGUGGUGGGAGAAGUCAGCGCAGAGUGGAGAGUUGAUUCAGCUUGAGAGCAUCAACAAAUUAACAAGCAACAAGCUUGAAGAUCUGUUGAAGAAGUUGAAGGGAUUUGAUUUGGUUAUAUGCCAGAAUCCAUAUUCUGGUGCAGAAUCAGAUAGUGAUAGCUUGGGCGGUUCAGAUUUCUCAAUGUUUGUAGAAUUUGUAAGAAUUAUGCAGCGUGUAAGGUCUACGUCUGUGGAUGACUUUUAAGUUGUUUAUGUGAUGAAUAUCAUUUCAGACACUUUAAUUCUAAAUGUGACGAAGAAAGUAAGUGAUUA